CUGGCCCAAAGAAACGUACAUUGUUACCAUCUUUGGGUUGACCCUAAGGAGGUUUUAAUACCUCCAUGCCUUGUCCUGCCUUCAUAAUACCUCAUGUACUCAACAUUUCUAUAACAGGCAAUUGCAACUCAAAAGUUGUUUCGCAUCCCGAAUCCAUGUAUGCUACCAUAACAAUCAAGUAUCUUCAUGCCGGAUUUUAUAUAUUGUCCUUGAUUUAAUACCAUAAUAAGCGAGAAAAAACUGCCCUCAAAACCAGCAGCAAUCACCACAGCCUGAAAGCAACCGAUGUGAUCGGCGCCAGUAGCUCUAAUAAUGUCCAGCCAUUGGACGAGGAUAAUAAAAUGAUCUUAGUUUUGGGUAAGACACGCGCACAACUUGCCACUCCUGCUCGUAUGGCCUUUCAAUAAGGCUUUCAUCCAUACUGUGCCGGGCUGUCGUCCCGCGCUGUUCCUUCAUGCAGUGCGGGUGAUAAGCGGGCCGAAAUUUGAAACCAAGGGAAUGGCUGUCCGCACGACCUGCGUACUACUUUUGUUAGGGUGGCUGAGGGCAGUGGGAGGAUUCCCUUAUAGCUGGAGAUGGGGGGCGUGGGGGCAACUGGAAGCACGGAGAAGUGUGGUGGGAGCAGUGUGGUCAUGGUUGAUCGUGGUUACGCUCUCUACCCUUGCAUUGGCCUGUGUCUUCAAUACGCCCGUGUUUAAGGAUGACGUCGCUGAUACCAGUGCUCGCAUCUUAAAUUAUGUCAACUACAGCACCUCGAUAUUAUUUUUAGUUUAUCUUGUACUCCGGCAAUCCCGGCUGGCCCUGAUCCUCCGCCGCCUGGAGGAUGCUGGCGUACCUCUACGCCGCCGGCUGGUACAUUGGGAUGACGCCGUGCAGUUGACGUGUACCACAGGAAUGCUCGUGGGCCUAUCGGUGGCUACAUUCUCCUCCGUGAGUGACUUCUUCGUACGCCCCCUGACGAGGCAGAUGGUGAUGUACCACAUCCCUGCCACCACCUGCGACAUAGCCAUAGAGGUCACUGCCCUCGUCCUCAGCCUUCUGCUCUACUUUAUACUUAAGGUUGUGAGUCUGGAGGGCGACGCUGCGGUGAAUGCAGCUACAGCAUCCACUCUCACCUGGAAAGGGCUGGCUGGACCUCGCCUGCAGCUCCGGAAUGGUCGUGAGAGGAUGUGGAAAGGCUGUUCGGGGCGUGGUCGCCUGCCCCCAGAAGAGGUGUUACGUCUGGUGUCCCGGCGCCUCUUGGAGCUAGACGACAUCGUGGAGCAGCUGGUGGAAUAUGGCGGGCCCCCAGCUGGCAUGAUUCUGUUGUGCAGCGCCUUAAAUGCCACUGUAAUGCUCUACCUCACCAUUUCUAAGUUCGACUACUACUACCUGGCAUUCAUCACCCUCAAGGUGCUCAGCAUCGUGCAGGUCACCUUUAUCCCGGACUGGCUGUGGUGCAAGAGAGAGGAGAAUCUGCGGUUAGUGCGGCGCCAACUCUCCACCACAUUGUACUGUGCCUCUGUCGAGGCCGCAAUGAAGGACGUGGAGAAGGUAGUGGCUGAAGGCACGACCUUCAGAGUGUGUCGCCUCUUCACGCUGGACAGACACAUCAUCCUGUCAAUUCUGGCUGUAUCCUAGUGCCCCAGAACUGAAAUACCCACAUGGAUAACCAUACACGUUUACCGUAGUACAGGACAUCACACGCCCAACAAAGUGUAUGAUCGAGAGGAAGCAGAAAUUGAACAGCCUGUCAGAAGAAAACAUUUCCAACACCAAUUUCAAGUCUUUUAAAUUCAAACUAAAAAGGGCAUGUUAAACAAAUACAACGAAUUAUAGAUUUCCUUAACUGACUAUAGUGUUUAUGUGUAAUGUAUUUCUUUGUAUAGUGUUUCCAUAUGGUAAAUUUCUAUGUAUUCUAUUUGGGCAUGUAUAUAUGUAGGCAUGUAUGUGUUUUAGGUACGUAAAUGAAUUGCGAUACGUCUCU